AUGGAGAAGCUUGUUGAUGUCUUCCUCACAUUCCCCUCAUCUCAGAAUCUCUCAGACCAGGAGCUCAAUAAGCAGGCAGCUACUCUUAUCAAUACCUUAAACAAGACCCCUGCUGCUACACUUGCUUCAAAUUCCAAUGGAACAGAUCUUUUGACCAUUCUGAACCCUACCGCCAAUAGUUUGGUCUAUCUAUAUGUUUUAAUUGCCCGGCUAGAUCUCGGGGGACGUAACGCUCUUGAGGCUACAUGGAAGAAUGCCGUUUUAUUUCUAGAAAACUUUGAUUCCAGACAAAUUCGCAAUGCUCCCGAUAUGUUUAGGAGGUUGUUUGAGGCCUUUUACGCUCAUGCUGUGGAUAGCCAAAAGCCGCUCAUCGCUGUACGUCCCAUCAAAAAGGCUAUUAUUCGCUAUAAUCCUAGUCGGUUCUCGUUCAUGCACACUUCCUUCCUUCGCCUCUGCCUAAUGACCAAAUGUUACCGUGAUGCCGCUGCUGUUCUCGAUAUCGACCUGGUAGAAUUUCCAUAUGUCAAGAACAAACCUGGAGAAACCGAAAAUAUGUCCAACAGUAGAAAAGAAGUCACAUACCAGGAUUUGCUAUGCUACUUCUUGUACGGUGGGAUGAUUUAUAUGGGUCUCAAAGAGUGGAGGAGAGCCGCUGAUUUAUUAACUUAUGUUGUAGCUUGCCCCGGUAAUGCGUGUUCGUUAAUACAAGUUGAAGCUUACAAGAAAUAUAUCCUCGUAGGACUCUUACUCGACGGAAAGCCACUGCCUAUGCCCAAAGUUACCUCUGCAGCGGCAGUACGGGCCUACAAAGCGUUGACAAAACCUUAUGAUGCCUUCGCUCAAGCUUUCAAGUCUGGAAGUACGGAGAUGUUUCGCACAGAAGCUGCUUUACUAUCUGAUGUCUUCAGACAAGAUGGAAAUACCGGGUUAGCAGUACAAUGCAUGGAUGUCUUUAGACGAAUGCAGAUCGUCGCAUUACGAGACACAUAUGUUACUUUGAGUAUUGAGGAAAUUUCCAAGAAGAACCUUGAAGUUGUAGGGAGAGGAGGAGACGCAGGGGGUAAAGAAGAAACGGAGGGUGUUGUUUUAGGGAUGAUUGAACGCGAUGAGAUACGUGCCUCUCUCUCGCAAUCAGAGCCUGACUACAAGUUGUCACAAACUACUGUCCAUUUCCACAAUAAUCCUUUGUCCGAACUACGCAAUCUUCGGGCCCUGGAUAGUCAAAUCAGCCGUACAAUAAGCUUAACAAAACAAGUAAAAGCGAUGGAUAGAAAACUUGGAUUGAGUGGCGGUUCCUCAUUACUAUCUAUGGGCGAUCCAGACGCGAUGGACUUUGAUUACGGUGGUGGUUGGGCGGAUGAUGAACCAGAAGAAACCAUCAUGCAGGAUUUUGAUGACGAAAUUUAA